GGGCAGGGCAGGACCAGGUGUGACUGGUGCUUGCCCUAGGGCAGUUCAAGGCCACUGGUCUCAGACCCUGACUGGCACCCCAGAACUUUUGGACCCCUUGGGAAGGGUUUCUGGGCCACUGGGUACCAAGUUCUACAGGGACAGAUCUGCCCCAAGAGUGUGGCUCUUGGGAGCGGCUGUCCACUCUCCUCCAUAGUUGGGAUGACUCAGCCCAGUAACCAUGCCAGGUCCAUCUGAAUCAGCUGAGAAAGGGAGGAGCAGGCAGUAACCAGAGGGAGGAGGAGCCCAGAAGCAGGAAGAGGUUCUAUUUUCACUUUCCCUCCCUCUUCAGAGCACUGGAUUGCUAGAGGGUAGGGAACCAUUCUUCCUUGCCCCAAGUGCAGACUGGACGGGGGUCCUGGCCUGGGUCUUGUGAAUGGGGAAAGGGAAAGGGAACUGAUGCAGAGAGCUGGUUUUGUUUCUGGUCUGGGUCAGGGAAUGGGGAAAUGGGAGGCAGUGGGAGUGGGCUGUCACCAAAGGGCAAACCCAGACAGGGGCAAGUUGGUAUUAUGCCAGUCAGGUGGGACGCAGAGGCCAUGAAGCCUGAGGGUCCCCUCUGUGCCCCAGAAGAGCCAUGGCUCCAAAGCGCAAGUCCCAGGUGCCACAUGAGGGCCCUGACAAAAAGCAGGGGCGGCAGGGGGCAGAGGAGGAGGACCACUUCCACUCCACUGCCGAGGCUCUCAGAGCUGCGCCCACAGAGAAGCACACAGUUCGAGUGGACCCAGCAUGCCCACUCAGCCACAGCCCCGGAACCCAGGUGCAUGAAGACUAUGCCUGCACCCUCAACCAGACCAACAUUGGAAGCAACAACAACAAGUUCUACAUCAUCCAGCUGCUGGAAGAGGGUGACCGCUUCGCCUGCUGGAACCGCUGGGGCCGUGUGGUGGACGGCGGCCCAGUGAGGAGCGUGGUGCAACGUGUGCGGCCCUGCUCCCUGGACGCAGCCACGCAGAAGCUCAUCACCAACAUCUUCAGCAAGGACAUGUUCAAGAAUGCCAUGACCCUCAUGAACCUGGAUGUGAAGAAGAUGCCCCUAGGGAAGCUGAGCAAGCAGCAGAUCGCACGGGGCUUCGAGGCGUUGGAGGCCCUGGAGGCUGCACUGCGAGCCCCGGCGGAUGGUGGCCUCAGCCUGGAGGAGCUGUCCUCCCACUUCUACACCGUCAUCCCCCACAACUUCGGCCGCAACCGGCCCCCGCCCAUCAACUCCCCUGAGCUCCUGCAGGCCAAGAAGGACAUGCUGCUGGUGCUGGCGGACAUCGAGCUGGCCCAGACCCUACAGGCGACCCCCGAGGAGGAGAAGGUGGAGGAGGUCCCACACCCACUGGACAGAGACUAUCACCUCCUAAAGUGCCAGCUCGAGCUGCUGGACCCAAAGGCACCCGAGUACAAGGUGAUCUGUACCUACCUAGAGCAGACUGGCAGCAGCUACAGGUGCCCGGCUCUUCAACAUGUUUGGAAAGUGAACCGAGAAGGGGAGGGAGACAGGUUCCAGGCCCACUCCAAGCUGGGCAACCGGAAGCUACUAUGGCAUGGCACCAACGUGGCCGUGGUAGCUGCCAUCCUCACCAGUGGGCUCCGUAUUAUGCCUCAUUCCGGUGGCCGCGUUGGCAAGGGCAUCUAUUUUGCCUCAGAGAACAGCAAGUCCGCCAGCUACGUUACUGGCAUGUCCUGCGGAGCCCACCAACUUGGCUACAUGUUCCUGGGGGAGGUGGCACUGGGCAGAGAGCACCACAUCACCGUCGAUGAUCCCAGCUUGAAGCAGCCACCCCCUGGCUUCGACAGUGUUAUUGCCCGAGGCCACACAGAGCCUGAUCCAACCCAGGACACGGAGCUGGAGCUGGAUGGCCAGCGAGUAGUGGUGCCCCAGGGCCGGCCUGUGCUCUGUGCAGAGUUCAGAAGCUCCCAAUUCUCCCAGAGCGAGUAUCUUAUCUACCAGGACAGCCAGUGUCACCUGCGCUACCUGCUGGAGGUUCGCCUCUGAGCUCGCUGCCUAGUCCUGUCCGCGGGGUCUGCUGGAAGCUAAACCAUCAGCCUUAACCUUCCUGCCCACCCCUGGUGCCUCCAGAUCUCCCUCUUGUGUCCCAAACAAUGAUCCCUUCCCCAGUCCUUGCUGGCCCUGGCAUUGCCAUGGCCCCAGAUUCUCACCUCCUAAGGUCAUGGGUGUGAUGGACUGCUGUUAUUACUGGGGCACAGGUACAGCCGCCAGUUCAAGGUAGAGGAGCACAGACUGAGAGUGGGUGGAAUCCCACAUCCACCUGGACUGUCCACCUUGACCCAGAUCAUCUGUCUGAGAGGUGCGAGCACCAGGGGAGGCUGAACUUCAAGCAUACAUAGCAAGUUUAUUAAAUAUUAUAUCCACUCAC